ACCAUUUUCUUAAAGCGGACUCAUCAAAACCCUACCCAUCACACCAUAAAUUCCCACCUACAGUUGCCCACUGGCCACUGCCGCCUUCAAACCCUAAAACAGCCAACCCGCCUUCUCCCUACUUGCUAAACCCUAAUUUUCUCACCAUCCUUGGUUGAAGACAAUGUCGGAUGAGGAAAGAGAGGAGAGGGAGUUGGAUCUCACCUCUCCUGAAGUUGUCACUAAAUACAAAUCCGCUGCUGAAAUUGUUAACAAGGCAUUGCAGUUAGUGUUGUCUGAAUGCAAGCCAAAGGCUAAGAUUAUUGACAUCUGUGAGAAGGGGGAUUCGUUUAUCGGAGAGCAAACAGGAAAUAUGUACAAGAAUGUGAAGAAGAAGAUAGAAAGGGGUGUGGCAUUCCCUACUUGCAUUUCAGUUAAUAACACGGUCUGCCAUUUUUCACCGCUGGCCAGUGAUGAUACUGUGUUGGAAGAAGGCGACUUGUUAAAAAUUGAUAUGGGGUGUCACAUAGAUGGUUUUAUUGCAGUUGUUGCGCACACCCAUGUUCUUCAGCAAGGACCAGUUACCGGAAGGGCUGCUGAUGUUAUUGCUGCAGCAAAUACUGCUGCUGAGGUUGCUUUGAGGCUGGUCAGGCCAGGAAAAAAUAACAAAGAUGUUACUGAAGCAAUUCAGAAAGUUGCUGCUGCUUAUGACUGCAAGAUUGUUGAAGGGGUUCUCAGUCAUCAAAUGAAACAAUUCGUAAUUGAUGGAAACAAGGUUGUAUUGAGUGUUUCAGCCCCCGAGACGCGAGUAGAUGAUGCUGAAUUUGAGGAGAAUGAGGUUUAUGCCAUCGAUAUAGUUACCAGCACUGGUGAAGGCAAGCCCAAGUUAUUGGAUGAGAAACAGACAACCAUAUAUAAGAGGGCUGUUGACAAGAGUUACCACCUAAAGAUGAAAGCAUCCCGAUUCAUAUAUAGUGAGAUAAACCAGAAGUUUCCAAUCAUGCCAUUUACUGCUAGGGCUUUGGAAGAGAAGCGCUCUCGACUUGGCCUUGUAGAAUGUCUUAAUCAUGAUCUCUUGGAGCCGUAUCCUGUUCUUCAUGAGAAGCCUGGUGAUCUUGUUGCGCACAUCAAAUUUACCGUUUUGUUAAUGCCAAAUGGAUCGGACCGCAUUACAUCCCAUUCUCUACAGGAGUUGCAGCCUACUAAAACGGUAGAUGACCCCGAGAUAAAAGCCUGGUUAUCUUUAGGUACGAAGGCUAAGAAGAAGGGUGGCGGGAAAAAGAAGAAAGGUAAGAAAGCUGAUGAGGCGGCCAAUGAAGAAGCCAAGGAUGAAAAUUCACAAGGAUGAGAGACUUUAUUUCUUUCUCUUGGAAAUUUUGACCGUUGCUUUGUAAUUUGUUGCUCUAGCUGCUGUGUCUGUUGAUGAGAAUAUUUUUGAAUGAUUAUACUGCAUAUACACAGCGUCAUUCGCCCUUUUCUGUAUCCUUCUCUUUGUAGACAGGAUAAGAGAUACUAUAGAAACUUGAAUCAAAUCCAGAGGAAUUAUUCUCGAAUUUGGAUUUGUAGAUA